AUUAUUUGCCCAGCAUUAUUAAUGCAUCUGCCGUUGAGCACUAUGUUUUUCAUGCUUUUCACUGGAAUCGCUAGCCCACCUUUUGUAGACAAUUUUGUUGGUAUUGCUAUGGCACUCUAUCCGCUAAUGGGACCGAUUAUCACUGUAGUAUUCGUCAAAGACUAUCGAAACGUUCUUCUCACUACAUUACACAUCGGCAAAAGUCAAGCAUCUACUGUUGCCAUAAAAGUGACCCAUAAGGCCACCUAUACUUCACAAUAA